AUGGAUAUCAUUACCCCCUUGAAAUAUCUCUACAUCUACCUCUACGUCCUUUUGUACACACCAUGGAUCCUCUCACGCUUUCUCUUGGGGGUUUCCCUCAGCCUCUUGCCGUGGACACGACCUGCCAAAGAAUGGACCUUGAAUCAAGCUGUCCGCAUGUGCGUCGUCAGAUUAGUGUUGCUCUACUGGUCGCUUACACGUUCUGGAAAUCGGUUGACUCUCCGUGAAGGACGAGAGCGGAACCGAUUUGAAGUUGUUAGCCCAAGGUCAUUCAAACUGUACAGGGGAGUUUUCUGGGACCCUCGAGUUCUACCCGAGCAGCUGGGUAUGACUUGGACGCCGUCACGACUGCCACACGCUGAAUUGAUCCGGCCCGACAUAAUUGUCGCCUUGCACUUUCAUGGAGGAGGCUUCGUCAUUGGCAACGGACGCGAUGAGGAUACAGGCUACCUUGCUCGUACACUGAUACGGCAUAUGGGCUGCACCCACGUAUGCACGCCGCAGUAUCGGCUUUCCAGCAGCAAGAAUGGGCAUUUCCCUGCACCAUUUCAAGACGCUCUUACGGCGUAUCUCUAUCUGCUCAGAACAAAAUGCGUUCCGGCCAGUCAAAUUAUUUUAUCUGGCGAUUCAGCGGGUGCCAACAUUGCACUCGGACUGUUGCGAUACAUUCACGAAUAUGGACAGGUCGAUGAUAUCCCAUUUCCAGGAGCAGUCACCCUUUGGUCGCCGUGGGUCGACGUGAACGCGGCCCUUCAGCAGGACAUGAGAUUGUCGCCCAACUUCAAGACGGAUUAUCUCAACAUGGAGUUUGGCAGAUGGGGUGCCUCUACAAUCUCAGACUUUGGCGCGGUCGACGCAUUGAGCCCAUAUCUGUCGCCCUUGCACCAUCCGUUCGAAUUGGAGGCGGAGAUUCCCGUUUUUGUCAAUGCUGGAGAGCGUGAGGUUUUACACGAUGACAUUCAAAACUUUUGUGAACGUUACAGAAAGCUUGGCUGGUUGAUUCACUUGGAAGUGUCUAAGGGCUGUCCCCACGACAUUCUCCUGCUAGGGCCAAGUAUCCAAUUCACAGCCGAGGCUAAGAAGGCGGCAGGCAAUGCAGGGAAGUUUUUGUCCAAGGCGGGCAUCAGUCUAGCUUCCGAGCCAUGCGUCGAACUCGUAGACAUGUCAAGGCUGAAUCAAUCCAUUCUGUCGAUCAGCCAUACAGACGGAGCAAAUCGUUCCAAUACGGCGAAAGAUGGCUUGUCCUUUGACGUUAUCAUUAUUGGUGCGGGAAUCUCAGGAAUCAAUGCCGCCUAUCGCAUCCAGAAUGAGGGCCCUCCCAAUCUGAACUACGCCAUCCUCGAAGGGCGUGAGACUCUCGGUGGUACCUGGGACCUGUUUCGAUACCCAGGCAUUCGAUCAGACUCCGACAUCUUCACCUUUGGAUUCCCUUGGAGCCCUUGGAAGCACAACGAAUCGCUAGCUGCCGGGCACAAGAUCAAAACCUACAUGGCCGACUCAGCUCGCUCUGCGGGCAUCGACCAUCAUAUUUGCUACCAGCACAGCGUCGUUGGUGCAAAUUGGAGCUCAACCAAGAAGCUUUGGGAGCUCCAAGUGACCAGACCUGGAGAGAAUCACCCUGUCACCUUUCAAGCUCGAUUUCUUCUGCUUGGGACUGGUUACUACAACUACGAGACGCCACUGCAGACAGUAAUCCCGGGCAUCGAGAACUUUGAGGGUAAGGUCAUUCACCCUCAGUUCUGGCCCGAGGACUAUGACUAUACCGACAAGAAUGUUGUCAUCAUUGGGAGUGGUGCCACCGCUGUUACGAUUUUGCCGUCCAUGUCCGACAAAGCCAGGCGCGUCACCAUGUUGCAAAGAAGCCCAGGCUACAUCCUCCCUUUGCCAACAACUAGUUUCUUGGCGACUCUGCUCUUCACGAUCCUGCCCGCCAGCGUUGCACACUUCCUCAACAGACUCAUGUGGCUCUUCAGGAGCUAUCUGACUACGGCAUUCUGCAAGUCAUGCCCGGGAUUGGCAAAGAGAAUCAUCAAGCAUGUGACCAUCGAGCAGCUCCCUCCAGAUAUCAGCUGGGACCCUCAUUUCAAGCCUCGGUACAACCCAUGGGAGCAAAGGUUCUGCGCCUCUAUGAACGGCGACUUUUUCGCCGCUCUUCGGUCGGGCAAGGCCGAUAUUGUGACAGACCGAAUCAAAACGAUCACAGAGAAGAAAAUUGAACUUGAAUCGGGAGCGGCCUUGCAACCUGACAUCAUCGUUACGGCGACUGGUUUGAAGCUUAGAUUUGGUGGAGGCAUCAACUUUACCAUCGAUGGUCAACCCUUCAAUCUGGCAGACAAGUUUGCAUGGAGAGCCGCCAUGCUCCAAGAUGUGCCCAACCUGCUCUUCAUGACAGGAUACGAGAAUGCGUCAUGGACUCUGGGCGCCGACGUGAGUGCACGACUCUUAGUACGCAUCCUCCAGAAUCUGAGGGAGCGCAACGCAACUGUUGCAGUGCCGCGGAUGGCGACGUCCAAAGACAUGCCAGUGAAGUCCAUGAUGAGUUUGACUUCGACAUACUUGAAGGACGUCGGGGCUGUUUUGCCAAAGGGAGGGACGGGAAUUUGGAGCCCAAAGUCGAACUACUUUGUUGACAUGGCUACUGCCAGAUGGGGGAAUAUCUCUACAGACUUGGAGUUUUCGUAA